UAUACUUAGUACUUCCUUGGUCGCUACUCGAGUUCCCUUUUCGGUUUUCAGCUUUCAACAUGUUCUCUUCCUUUAUCAAUCAUCCUUGGCCUGCGGUGGAGCCGGUGCAUGUGUAUGAGUUGGUCGCUCUAGUGACUGGCUCUGCGCUAUAUUACUCCUUUUAAGAAUAGGUGACGCAUGGUGGACAUGUGGUGACCCGACCCGAACCACCUGAAAACCGUACUUUAAUAUCGUCCUAUCUUCUCUCUACUACUCUCAUCUUCUUCCAACUAUCGACAGAGAUACGAGUAAUGGCGCAGAGAAGACGACUCCUGAGCGCACCCAUGCUAUUGUGGGCUUCGUUGUCUGCUUUCCCCCUCACUCAUGCUCAAGUAUCCUGGUCAAAUUUGACAAUUUCCUCUUCGUCUUCACCAAUAAUUGCACUCAAUUCUGGGUCGGGGUCGUCGUCCUCUUCAUCUUCGUCGGGGUCGCCAUCGCCUCCCACUAUAACGCAACCUUCAACGAAGUUAUCCAGCAAUACGACAUGCUCACAAUGUGAGAUCGCUGCCCUUUACAAGGAGAUAAGGUAUCCGGGGGGUGUGGACGAGGAUGCUCCACGAAAUGUGACACUCUCCGUUCAACCAAAAAUUACCACCUUCUCAGAUGGCUCGUCGGAGACCAACUUUGUCACGAUCACCUAUAUUGGUCCGAACGAGACCCUCGGAGCGAAUGAAACGAUCACCCAGACAUCCUUAACAUGGACCCAGUCCGGUCUCGACACCAUUUUCACGUACCCCACCGUGUACGUCGCCUUCAACAGUAUCAAGGGGGCUUUCUCCAGCUUCAAUCCCAACGCAACGGACGCCUCCACUUGCGUCUCAGUCGAACCAACCAAGAUUGCUCUCGCAGAGGCCGACUACAACCGCCUGGUGUAUCCCUGGAUCACCUCCGGUCCUGACGAUAUCUCCCCUCCUACGGAUGCCGCUUCGUUGCGAGUGGAGGCGAGCGUCUUCUCCUACAUAGACGCCCUCCCAACCGUCAAGGAGCAGCUGUCGCUCCCCCCGGAUAUUUGGCCGAGCGACUGUGCCAGUACCAUCACUCAUGGCCCCGCUCUCACUCAUACUAAGAUAAUAACGCAUCAAAGCGUGAACUUCCUAAUGCAAACCGGUGCACCUGAGUUUGUUGAUGGUGGAAGCAAAGGCGGCGGCACGGGUGGCGAUACUGGUACAGGUACCGGCGGAGGCUCGGGCAGCGAUGGGGGAACUGGUGAUGGGAGCAAUGGCGGAUCCCCAGGCGACGGGAACAGUGGUGGUUCUGGCGGCAAUGAGGACAAUGGAGGGAUCAACAAUGGAGGCUCGACAGGCGGCGACGUAGGUGGAGCAAUUGGCCAAAUUCUUGGCCCGAACAGUGGCGAGGGGGGGUCGUCCGACGGUUCGUCUGGAGGUUCGUCUGGCGGUUCAUCUAGCGGGUCUGGCUCAGGGGGUUCUCCUGGCGAUAAUGUUGGAGGCAGCAUUGGCCAGCUGUUCGGACAGAACGACGGACCUGGUGGGAGCGGAAGCGGCAGCGGAAGCUCCUCAGGGGGAAGCGCUGGCUCCGGCUCCGGCUCCGGCUCCGGGUCGGGAUCGGAAUCAGGCACUGGAUCAGGAUCAGGAUCAGGUGCUGGAUCCGGCUCUCUCCCUGUUGGCGGAACCCCCGUCCCAUUUUCAGUCGGUCCAGGCGGCACAGUGGUUGUCAAUGGGGAGACCGUUACCCCCGGCCAAGUCGCCACGAUCAACGGUGUCCCCGUAUCCGUUCCCACAGGCGCCUCUGGCGCUGGACCCGGCUCCGAUGGUGCCGGUGGCGUGUUGGUCGUCGGCGGAUCGACCAUCACCCUCCCCGCCGGGCCAGCGGGCACCCAGGGUUCUCGUCCCGGUGUGCAAGGUCCCGAGUCGGGACAGCCUGGAGCUGCUGCGAGUGGACCGAUCAUUGGAUCUCAGACGCUUUCGGUGUCGGGUGGGCAUUUGCUGAUCGGAGGGACGACACUGACGUCUGGGGUUACCGUCAUUGCCGGUACAACCGUAUCUGUUGGAUCUGAAGGGACAGUGGUGGUAGGUGGAAGCACGACUGUCCUGCUUGGCGUAACGACCAUCGGCGUGGGUGACUUGAUCGCGAGUGGUUUUGGAGAGACGAUAGGGCCUUCUACCUCCGCAGAUGCAACUGGAUCUGGUGUUCGCCCGCCACCUUCGAGUGGAGCCGGUAGGGAGAAGGAGAACAGUGCUUGGACGAUUAGCAUAGGGGUUAUGGGUGCUCUUGGUUUGGCUGUUGUCGGUGCAAUGUAGACGGGAGCCGGAAAACUGAGCAUUUGAAGAAACGAUAGCAGGCGUACUAGCGCGGCGUCACGAUUCAUUAGCGGCUUGGUUUUAGCGAGCGAGCGAUUGUGCACGUAUAUCAUAAAAUCUAAUAACAGGCUCAUAUGACAAGCUAUGUUUCAUCAUUUGUUGUCUAUUCAAUUCUUGACUAGAAAGGUCUCGUCUCUGGAAACAUCCCUAUGCCUGUGAUCGUAGGGAACCCAACAGUGCGAUGCAAUGGUCCACACCAUCUAACCGAGGACUAAACUGAAUCGUACUUGGAUAUCCGCUUCGC